AGAGGAAAUGAUUCAUUCUGUGAACUAAAUUGAAGGAGAAAGGACGUGUUUGCCAUAUUAUCAGACACGUUCACGACAUGGCGCAGUUGGUCGAUAAGUCGUUGGGGGAAAGCAAGACUAAGAAAAAAGCUAAGAAGAAUUUGUUGUCUAGAGAACUAGCAGAAGAAAAGGCUAGGAAUGCAUUGCUCUUGGACGAAUUGGAAAAGAGUCGUAUGCAAAACGCGGAACUUCUCGCAGGAUUAAAUGUCUCAUCGGCGGCAAAUAUCAAUCCUGUUGAUAACGCCGCAAUUGAUUUUGAUUAUGGAAAUAGACUCUGCAGUACACAGCACGUAACCACCCCACCGAGUUUGGAUGAGUCACGAUUUUUGUCAUCCAUGAACCAGCUUUCCGUUGCAUCCAUCAACGUACCGGAAUGCAAACCUAUUGAUGAUGAUGAUGAUAUACAUAGACAGUCAUUCGAGUCAUGGAAGGAUUUGCUUAUCGAUUGCAUGAAGUUGGCGGGAAUAGAUGACGAGUUUACGAAAUUUACGGUGUUUAAAGUGAAAGCCGGGGCUCGCCUGCUAGAGUUAUUCCGGAACACAAAAUCACAAGCAGAUGAUCCGGACCCGGACAUCAAACCCUUUUCAAAUGCUAUGCACAGGCUCAAAUCCUACUUCGGAUCAGGCUCCGAUGUAAUGUUGAUGAGACGCAAACUAGCACUAAUGAGUCAGAAGCCAAUUGAGUCUGACCUGACGUUUAUCACUAGAGUUGGUUCUACUGCUCGCCUUUGUGAGUUUGACGAAACGAAGGAAUUCGAAGAAAUAGUUGCCACGGUUGCCGAACACGCUAGAAACAGGGAUGUAAGAACAGCGGCAUUAAAAAUGCUCAGCCGCAAGGGAUGCUUUACAGAUCUCGUAGAUAAAGUACGUGAAAUCGAAGCUAUAAGGCUGAAUGAAGAAUUUGUUAUGAGAAAACAUGGCAAAAAUGAACAAACACAAGUCGCGUAUGUCACUGAUUCAAGGCAAGUGAACCGCCGACGAUUUCCAGAACCGUAUGAAAUGCGCAGACACAAUUAUCGCAGUGCUCCAAUGUCAAGAGAUCGACGGUCUCCGCAAGGCAGAUGGGUUAACAGGAACUCGGGGUCUAUCCGUCCUUCCCGCGCUAUGAAAUGUUGGCGAUGUAAUAGCGUGUUCCACACAGCAGACGUUUGUAACGCCAGGGACAAAACGUGCAACAACUGCGGUCGAAUGGGACAUAUCCGACGUGCAUGCCGCGCUCAGGAAUCAAUUCCGACACCAAAACGUACAUCAGAUGACCAACUGGAAUCUAUUCCGAAGAUAGCUGCUAUCGAGAAGGAAGAAACCAAUCACGAAGUUGAGGAAAAUGUGAGUGAAGUACUUAUUAAUUAAUAUUGCGAUACAAUGUAUCGAGUUAAUAUAAACCAU